AAAAUGGGGUCCCCAGCUGGGAGGUCCCCAGGACUUAUCCCAAGACUUUACACACAAUUAGACUUUUACAUUGAAACGAUUUUGGGCCUACUUUGGGGCCAGCUUUCCAACAAGAACCUUACAGAACUCUCAGAGUUCCCCCAAGCACACUGCCUGACCCCGCCUAAAUCUCAGCCGAAGCACCAUUCAACCCACCUCAAUAUAUUGCCCUCAAAGCUUGCACAGCUGUAAGCUCCAUUCUACUCGAACAUACCUUUAAGGAUCAUCUCAGAUACAAUGGUGGGACUUCUUCAGCUUCCCAACGAGGUGCUGGCUUUCAUAUUUGACGGGCUAGACGCCCAAGGCUUCUCCGCCCUCCGGUUGACGUCCAAGUAUGCAAAAUUCGCUACGUUACCAGCUUUCAUCCGCCGGUACUUCCAGACCCGCUACAUAAUGCUCUCGAGGCUCAGCCUCGAAAACCUCGCGGAGAUUGCGCGGCAUCCAGACUUCAGUCCUGCUGUGAGAACACUAGAACUCUGUACGGAUCAUUUCGUGCAGUUCCCGGAACUAGACUUUCAUAUUACACGGCAUGAAGGCGACAUAUUACUGGCUAUACAAGAAGGUCGAUCCCCUGCCGCAUCUUUAGUGGGUAGCAUAGAUGAUGCACACUCAUCCGGCGAGGAGGAGGACCAAAGCCCUGGAGAGGAAGGUCGGGGGACCGAUGAAGGGAUUCUCUCGCCUCAAGACUCGUAUAAGGCGCCUUUGGAUAAAGUGGCUUAUACGUCACUGUGGGAAGAGCAGAAACACAUAAUGACCGGCCUUGCGCAGGCCUACAUUACGCAGGCGCUGAUUUCUUUUACCAACAUCGAGGCUGUCGUCAUUAGCAACAUGCACCGGCCCUGGGGUGCAGUAGCGCAUAGCCGACAAACAGGUCUACCGCCAACAAACGCCAUAAACGAUUAUGAGGAGGUUCCGUUUGUGGGCCAAGUCCUUCGCAUCACCCUUACAGCCAUCGUUACGAGUGGUGCCGCUCUUAGUAGCCUUGCCAUUACAACUGGCCUCUCUGAGGAUGCGAUUGUACCAGACAUUCUCAGACCCUCGGAGUCGCAUUUCCAAUACUAUAAAAACCUCCCUCUAAGCCUCACGGAGCUCACACUAGCUGUAUCCGCCGAGGCAACGAGGGGCGCUGAGAACCGAUGGGCGGACGACUUAUCAGCAUUUAUUGGUGUGUUUCAACAACUCACACAACUGGAUCUGAUCAUCAAACCCGUCAUUUUCGGCCCACACGUUAACCGGUUAGAACAGCUCGCACCGAAGCUUCAACUACCGAAUCUACAAUGCCUAGGGCUCCAUUUGGUAGAUUGUAGCGUACAGGGUAUUGCAGCCUUUAUCUGGAGGCACAAAGCAACACUCCAAAGCGUUACUUUGGUCCGAGUAGGGGUUUUUGGUGGAAUUAGCCACUGGAGGUCUUUGUUCGCUCUAAUUCGUGAUAAUCUCCCAAGCCUUGAGUUCUCCAUAGAACAAUGCACUGCACGGGGGCUUGCCCUAUUGUGCCCAGUGGAACACGAAAAUGGAGAGGAACUUGAAGAUUGUUUUGAUGUCGGGGGCAGUCACGAAGCCUGGACGACGGCAAUCCAGGCGAUAAAAACAAGAUAGAUAUAUUGCAAGGAUCGUCUGGCUAGUUAAAGUUUCAGAGUCUAUUGCCAGCGGCACUAUUGCCCUUGCAAAAGGCGUGACGUUUUACCUACAACAUCCGUUGGCCGUCCUCCUCAGCCAGUUUUCUGAGUCCCUCGUAAUCCACUUAUUGUCCGAGCCUAUACCAUAGUCUUGGCGAUACGGGGUUUUCGGGUCGCUUGACCAGGAGGUAAUAAAGUUCGAGGAAUUGACAUAAUCG